AUGGCUGCUUCCCGAUUACCCCCAGCGACGCUAACGCUGAAGCAGUUCAUGAGAAGGCAACAAGUUCUUCUCCUCUAUAGAAGAAUUUUGCAAGCAAUUCGGAAAGUUCCAAAUGAUUCUGAUCGCAGAUACUUAAGGGAUUGGGCAAAGGAAGAAUUCAAAAGAAACAAAAAUGCCACUGAGGAGGAUACGAUCCGGAUGAUAACUCAAGGCAAUCUGCAGCUCAAAGAGUUAGAGCAAACACUUGCUUUAGCAAAAUCCUAG